AUGCUCUUUUCAACAAGCACCUAUGAUAUUGGCUACGUACCAAAUGACAACUUUGAGGGAUUGGGUUGGAAGAAGUCCGUCGAAUAUUUAGAAGCAGGCGAUGAGUCGGAGAAAGAUGAAGAAAGGGCAAGAAUGAAGAAGGCUAAUACGGAAUUCGAUAUACGGGUACCGCUAUCAGAGUUGGGAAUUCUCGCCGAACGUGUGAAGUUUGGAUUGGAAAAGUGGAAGACGUUGAAGAAGCGUUUAUGGAGAAAAAUUUGUCGAAUAUGA